GGCAUAGGAGAAAUCCACUUUAGAGAGACACACAUAAACAAGUUGAAAAAACGAUUUAUAUACAUAAAAAGUAUUGAUAGUGCGACCUUUUUACCACAUUGAAAGAGAAAUAUGUAUCGUUAUGAAUUUUACAAAAGCUGGAGGUGUAGCUAUUUCAAACUAUAGAGCUAGGAAAAAAGUAGACUGGUCCACAAUCUGAUGAAGGACCUUUGACAGUGAAAAAUUUGUUGUCCCACCAUGAAAGGCAAAUGGGGUGAGGGGCGAAUUGGGGGAUAUGGGGGACCAUGAGAUUUUGAGGAAGGGUGUACUUCAUUAUGAAGCGAAGCUCCUCCACAUGAAAUCUGAUUUCCUGUCAUCUCAGUUGGAUUUGAUUUGAGUCAUAUCAGAGGCAGGAAGUGAGAGAGAGAGAGUGGAUAAUGACCAAAGCCUGAGCAAUUUCUCUUUUUCUUCCCUGGUUGUACACUGAAGUUGUAAACCACACCAGUGAAUUCAGUAUACGUUCUUAUGUUUCGGAAUUUGGGGCGCUUCCAAUUUGGUUUCUGACAACACCCAAUUGGCAUUGCACUGCCAAAUAUAGACAAGUUGCAUUUCUGCCUCAUUGGUGGGGUUCUGCAUUGCGCUAAGAGUAUUGGGUACGUUUGCUCUGAGGUUAUUGGCGCAGUUGGGAAAUUGUAGGCAGAGAGAGCCGGGGAAUAUAGAGAAUAAUGCCAAGGCCAGGGCCAAGGCCAUACGAAUGCAUUAGAAGGGCAUGGCACAGUGACAGACACCAUCCCUUAAGGGGAAGGUUGAUACAGGAGAUUUUCAGAAUUGCAGACGAGAUUCACACUCCAACUACAAGAAGAAAUAAAGAAUGGCAAAAGAAGCUGCCUUUGGUGGUCUUGCGUGCAGAGGAGAUAUUAUACUCCAAAGCAAAUUCAGAAGCAGAAUAUGUGGACUUGAAAACAUUGCGGUCCCGAAUAGAGGAUGCUGUAAAUAUUAUGAUUCGAAGAGAUGAAAGCACCGAGAAUGGUCAAUAUUUGGAACCUUGUGUGGAAGCGGCGCUAUAUGUAGGAUGCCCACCAAAGAAAGCAUCCAGGAACCAGAGGCACAUUUCAAGAUUCUGUGUAGGUAGCAGUCAAUCGUUGGCUACAUCCUCUGCCACUCCUUUGAUAGGCAAGUGCAAUGAUUAUGAGGGUUCUUCCUUGGUUAGUCAAGGAAAUACACAGGAGAUUAGAUUUACUAAUGCAGAAUAUUGUACUGGAGUUUCAUCUUCUUUAGGUUGUGAACAGUAUUCUAUAAUGCCCAUCCAUGCCACACCUGUCUGUCCAAGUUCAGUUGUCUGCACCCCUAGAGUUGACACAAUACCUUCCACCAAUGAUGCUAUCUACUCUCUUUCAAAUCCAUGUUCAACAGGCAACAUCAAUCGUAUCAGUUUUAACCGAGGAAUUCCUUCAGCAUGGAAUGGACCAUCUCAACAACAGCCAUUUUCUCGUACAAAUGAAAAAGGAGCAAUUGUGCAUCCUCUUGAUCUUCAAACUAGGUUUGAUACAAGGCUUCUUUGCAUGCCUGUUCCAUGGUCUCUGUCUUCUGCAUCCACGUGCAACGCAAUGUCAGCACCCUGGUGUGUAACACCUUCAUUCCAACUAGAUGUCUCAAACAGGCCUUCUAUUGGUUUCCCUUCUCAUGCAAUAUUGAGUCCUGUGGUAGCUGAAUUACCAACUCCUUGCAUGGAUUCUGGAUUGCAAUUUCAAGUGCAUCCAGUGGUGUUAAAAGAUAGCAUCCACACAGAGCCCAAUUCUGCAAAAUACACAACAGAAUUGUGCUCUUUUGAUGGCACACAUGGGACAUACAAAAGCUUUCAAAGCAGUGUAGAAAGAGAUUCAUCUGCAGAGGUGGACUGCAAAACAGCAUCUGAAGAUGCGUGUGAUCUACAUUUAAGAUUGGGCCCCUCAUCAAAUCCAUGCUUUCACGUUGCAACCACUGGGAGCUAUGAUAUUGAAGAUUUAGAAUCAAGUAAUUCUAGAGCAAAAGCUCAAGUAGAAGAUCAGGCUCUAGAAAUUUUAAAGGUGAAUGAUUCUUUUGGUUCUGGUUCUGAAUCAAAUCAGGAUUUUCAUUGUUUUUCUCCUUCUCUUAGUUCAGGAUUUGGUUUCCCAGAAGCUCUUCCAAGGGAAAAUAUAGGUCUACAUGUCAACAGAUACACAAUCAACCAAGCAACAGAUGUUGAAAUGCCGAGUCUGAAGCGCAGCAGAUGUGAUAAAGAGUCAAUGGUCAGUCAAAUAGAUGUUAAUUCAACAGAUCAUCAACAAAUGUGCGAAUUACAGAUGGGGCUUGGACUUUCUUUACCUGGAAGAAGCUCUGAUAUAUAGUCAAAUGAUACCUGGUGAAAAUGCAGGACUGUCGAAUAGAAGACAUAUCUUGCUGUUGUAUAUAAUGCUGACCCUUAGGGGUCAAUGCCCUCUGUCCUUAGAGUUCAUUUUCUCUAACUGGAUCUUGUAAAAUUAAAUGUGUUUUUAACGAAGGCUAUUUGGACAAUAUUCACUGCA